AUGUCUUAUCAACAGCAGCAGUGCAAGCAGCCCUGCCAGCCACCUCCUGUGUUGUGCCCACCUAAGUGCCCUGAACCAUGUCUACCUCCAAAGUGCCCAGAGCCAUGCCCGCCUGUGCAGUGUCCUCCUCAGCCAUGCCCCCCUUACCCUCCUCAGCCAUGCCAGCAGAAAUACCCUCCUAUGCAGUCAUCCCAACCCUGCCAACAGAAGUGUCCACCCAAGAACGUGUAA